UGUACGAGGCACAGUUUGCUGCAUCUUCCUCCACUGUGAGGAAAAAUGGACGAGGAGAAGGGCAGCCGUCGGUCCAGGGGUUGCAGCACCCUGGAAAAAUGUCUGAUAUUUCUUUUCGUGGCCAUGACCGGCGUCUGCAUCGGCCUCGUGGUCGUCUACUUCACUGAGAAGAACUCGACUACUCUUACAGAAGGGCAGGACUCAGGGUGUGGUGGUCCUCAGGAGCUGUCCGGAGAAUCGGGCACCUUCACCAGCUAUAACUACCCCAACAGCUACGACAAUGGGAAGAGCUGCACCUGGCAAAUCACUGUGGACCCCGACAAGGUGAUCCAACUGUGGUUUGAGGAGUUUGCUGUGGAAGACACCGAGCUCUGCACGUCCGACUUCAUCACACUGCGAGACUCUCUGGGAAUCAUUGGAAAAUACUGUGGCUACACCAAACCAAAGCCGGUGGUGUCUCUUACAAACCACCUGACCGUGUUCUUCGACACCAAUGACAGAAAAACAGACCAGGGAUUCAAAGCUCAUUACAAAGCUGUGGCUCCAGCGCUCGCACCAGAGAUAGCCGGAGCUGGCGGUUACCUCCAAGGUGACCGGGGGGAUCUGAUGACCCCCGGCUUCCCAGAGCAGAACUACCCCAACGGAGCACUUUACCAGUGGAAGAUUACGGUGCCUGAAGGCGAGAGGGUUCGACUGACCUUUACCUCCUUUGACCUGGUCCCUGAGGUCUGUGGAGACUUUAUUAAGGUCUACGACGGGCACGAGGCCGGCUCUUCCUUAAUCAGUAAAUUAUGUGGGGGGACGAUGCCGAAGCCAGUUGAGACCAGCGGCAACACAAUGGUGCUCCGCUUCAAAACGGACAACAGUUUGACCUCUAAAGGAUUCAGAGCGACUUUCACCAAGUCCAGCCUCCCACCUGUUUCUACCACCACACCCAAACCCUCAACCACCACCACACAAACACCUCCACCUUCCACAACUUCUGGAGGUGAUGGUCCAGUCAUUAUUCAGGGGCGUAAAGGAGAGAUCCAUUCCCCGGGUUAUCCAAAUGCAUAUCCUGCUCAUCAAACGAUCUCCUGGAAGAUAUCUGUGCCCAAAGGAUUCCUGGUAAAACUGCAGUUCACUGACAUGGCCAUCACAGGAGAGAUCGGACAAUGCAAGGAGGACAAACUGGUCAUCACAGAUAAUUACAGCACAUUAGGCACACACUGUGGCUACCUUCUCCCCCCCUUGGUGGUCAGUGCCAGUGACACAAUAUCUGUCAGCUUCACGUCGGACAGUCGCCUCACAGACCGAGGGUUCUCUGCGAAAUGGGAAGCUGUGUAUCCUGAGGAUAUUGCAGAGAUCCAGGGCUGUGGCCUUUUUUCCAGAGCGCCGACAGGAGUUAUUAAGUCCCAGAACUGGCCGAUGAACUACAAAGCCAACGCAGAGUGCAUGUGGAACAUCGAUGCACCUGUGAAUAAAAGAAUCACCCUGCAUUUUACCCACUUUGACCUGGAAGCCAAAGAUUUCAUAUCGUCCAAAUGCUAUGAUAACAUAGUAGUGUUCGACAUGAAUAGUGGGACUAACGCGCUCAUUCAAACACAUGGUCCAUUUUGUGGGACUAAGCUGCCUGCAACUAUCCUGACAAAAAGCACCAGGCUGGUGAUCCGUUUCCAUUCAGACUUGUUUACCGAGUCUAAAGGCUUCAGGGCCUACUGGACAAUAGACCCCAGUUUGCCUGCUCCCACUGAGCCACCAGUACCAGCCAACCCCUGGGAUGACAUCGCCAUAGAGUGGCCCCCAUGUGGGAUACCAGCCACCCCUCCUUCUGUUACGUCUCGCAUUGUGAACGGAGAGCCCGCCACGCCUCACUCCUGGCCCUGGCAAGUGUCCAUGCAGGUCUGGCCGGCCAGUCGCCCAGAACCCACUUUCUUCCACACCUGUGGUGGUACUCUGAUUCAUAAGAACUGGGUCAUGACAGCAGCCCACUGCUUCAUAAACUAUGCGGACGAGCUGCAGCGUUGGAACAUGUGCCUUGGCAAACACAACCUGACCUUCACAGAGCCGAGUCAGCGCUGCUUUAAUGUGACUGGUAUCUAUCGCCACGAGGGCUUCAAGUAUCCCACAGUGCCCACGGUGGAGUUUGACAUUGCCCUGGUCAGGUUGGAUGGAGAUGUGACUCCCAGUAAUGAGAUCUCCUUCGCCUGCCUUCCCUCCGUGGAGGAAGUCCUGCCUGCAACAAAGAAGUGCUACGCCACCGGCUGGGGAGAUGAGACCGGUGAUUCAAUGAAUGCUAAAGUUGCUGAGGCUCUUAACCAGGUGGCCCUGCCUGUUGUGCCGUAUGAUACCUGCAAGAGGAUGGACUACUGGUGGUUCCAGGUCAAGACCUCCAUGAUCUGCUGCGGGUACACCCUGCCUGAUGAGCUCCAGUCUGUCUGUCAGGGAGAUUCUGGAGGUCCUCUGGUGUGUCAGGACACCGCCGGUGCUCCCUGGGAAGUUCAUGGUAUCACCAGCUUUGGCCCUAUUGGAUGUAUAAUGAAUAAGAAGCCCUCCGUGUUCACCCGCUCCUCUGCAUACAUCCCCUGGAUUGGAAAUGUCAUCCGCAGAGACCUAUACAAUCAGCACACAUCUGGCUGUGGAGGACCAAAAGACCUGAUUGGCACCAACGGCAUUGUGUCCUCGAUGGGUUUCCCUGGCAACUACGACAACAAAGCACGCUGCGAGUGGACCAUCCAGGUGCCCGAAGGCCAACUGGUCCACCUGCAUUUCAGCAACUUCUCCCUGGAGGAGAGUCAGCUGUGCCUGAAUGACAAAGUCAGCAUCAGAGACGGAGUAGGAAGUCUGGGCACACACUGCAGUCAUGUUCCCCCGACAGACCUGGUGAGUGAUGGAAACAAGCUUCACAUCAGCUUCUCCUCCAACGACAAGGUGGUGGACACCGGCUUCACGGCCACCUGGAGGGGAGUUUCCCCCACGGAGGCUCCUUGUGGAGGGAGCUUCAACAUGGCUCAGGGUGAAAUCACCUCUCCUAACUGGCCCAAUGACUACCAAGCCCAGUCUGUGUGCACGUGGCGUAUCACCAUUCCUGCAGCAAAAAGUAUCCAUAUUGGCUUCACGCACUUUGAGCUUCAAGCUGCAAACAUGUUAGGAAACUGUGUGGACUAUGUGGAGGUCUUCAACGGAGAAACCAUGGUCUCAUUAGGUCGAUUCUGUGGCUUUGCCCCUCCAUCGACCCUCACCAUACCGGGAGGAUCAGUCGUCAUUCGUUUCCUUAGUAACGGAGCGGAUCAUCAGAAAGGUUUUCGUGGUUACUGGACCAAUGAUGUCGGUGUUAUCCCGACUUUACCUCCUACACCUCCUAACCCAUGGGACAACAUCAUUAUCACCUGGCCAGUAGAAUGUGGAAACCCAGCAGUGAAACCCAAAUCAGCCGCCAUGAGGGUGGUAAAUGGGGUGGAGGCGACCCCCCACUCCUGGCCCUGGCAAGUCUCCAUGCAGGCUUCACCAUUGGCAUCCCUCAUACCUUACAUGCACGGCUGCGGAGGUUCUUUGAUUCAUGAAGAUUGGAUCCUGACUGCUGCUCACUGUUUCAUGUUCCCACUGACCAACCCCACGUACUGGCGCAUGUGUUUGGGGAAGCACCACAUGAACUCCUCCAUGGACGUCCCCUCAGCAGAGGAAUGCUUUAAGGUGGACGGUAUCAUCCGCCACGAGGGGUUCGUGUACGAGCAAGAUCCCACCGACAUCUCCAACGACAUCGCCCUGGUGCAUUUGGCCACGGCUGUGAACAUGAAGAAGGAGAUCAGCCCAGUCUGUCUGCCCAAACUCGGGGCCGUGAUGCCCGCUGGGACGCCCUGCUAUGUCACCGGCUGGGGAGACGAGAAAGGUAACAUGUUCCCCAAAGUGUCCGACAAGCUGAAUCAGGCAGCCCUUCCUAUUGUGGACUUCCAGACCUGCAGUAAACCUGCUUACUGGUGGGACUCCCUCAGACCCUCCAUGAUCUGCGCUGGCUACGAAUCCCCAGAUGAGCUCAAGUCAGCCUGCCAGGGCGACUCUGGAGGUCCUUUCGCCUGCUCAGGCUCUGGAACGACACCCUGGGAGGUGCAUGGCAUCGUCAGCUUCGGACCUCAGGGCUGCAUCAAGGACAAAAAGCCCUCAGUGUUCACCCGCGUGUCCGCCUUCAGCGACUGGAUCGACACCAACAUCAAGAAGUUUAUACAUGAGAGUGGCAAAACCUACUAAAGCUCAUAUCUUGAAAUAAAGAUUUUGACAAUGAUUGUUGCUCAUAUCUGUUUUAAAGUCAUUGUUGUCUUUAUUGAGGGUUAACCAUUAAGAGUUGCUUUCUGCUAAAGUAUGAU